GACUGCCGUGGGCCAAGACAAAAGCCCAGUGUCCAGUACGGACAACUGUGAUCCUCCUGCGGAUAAAAUACUAAGCCAAGAACUGGUCCAAGCUGGAAAGAGGGGAUGGCUAUCUGCUUCGACGCAAAUACUUAGCAUGUUGAAGUUCCAGACACGCCAAGUACGACUGGCCAAGGAUUAUGGAGUAGAAAUUUCGAGUGGUAGGGACAGGGACAUCUGCAAGCGUCUAAAUGAGCGAUCUGUCGAUGGUAGGCAGCCGGUAUGCUCGGAGGCUAUUGCUGCGGGGUUGGGUACCGCGUAUUUUGAUGGUUUGGAAUGCUGA